ACGGACGCAGAGCUGGCGGGAGGCUUCCUCCAUCCGGACGCCAGCGUCGGACCAGUGCGGGAACACCACGGCGGGCUCCGCAUUCCCGUGAAGGCGCCGCCGCUCGGCGGGGGCAGGGUCCCGGCCGGAAUGCAGGUGCCUUGCGGCCCCCGUCUCCGACCUCCCUCUCGGUGGGAGAGGCCGAUGUAAAUCACCCCUUUAAACCCCGCACCUCUCCAUCCUCUCUCUUCUCCCCACUCGCCCAUCCACAGCCCGGGGACGCACACAUUUUGGAAGAUGGAAUCUGCCCACCUCUGCCUUCAACAGAUGUCCUGCGGCUCGGCCGAUGCUUCUCUCCCCAGGGAUGGACUCUCGCCUCUUGCACAGUUAUUUGUUGUGGGGCGGGGGUGUCCUUGUUAACACACCGUCCUCUCUGCCUCCCAGGACACCUUGCGUUGGAGCGGGGAGCCGAGCGCUCGCUGGCUUCCCACAGCCUCUCCAUCAUCCCCUGCCUCUGCCGACAACUCGGGCAAACAAUCACGUGAGAUAGUGUGGGAGACCGGAAUAUCAUUUUCUAUGCGAAAUUUCGUCUGUUUGACCAGGCUCUCGGCUCCGGCUACAUUAUGCAACCGGAAGGACCUGCUUUCCAGAGUGUCUAAGCUAUUGGAUUGUUCUCCACCCAAAUCAAUGUGGUUUCUUUGGAAUAUUUUCAGCAAAGGAACGCAUAUGCUGCAGUGUCUUUGUGGAAAGAGUUUCAAGCGAAGCAAGAGUCCGGUUGAUUCCCAGCUCAAGGGUAUAGUGACCAGGUUAUAUUGCAGGCAAGGUUUCUACCUGCAGAUGAACGCAGAUGGAGCUGUUGACGGAACAAAGGAUGACAGCACUAAUUCCACAUUGUUCAACCUCGUGCCAGUGGGACUCCGAGUUGUUGCAAUUCAGGGUGUGAAGUCGGGGCUUUACGUGGCUAUGAAUGGGGAAGGAUAUCUAUACACAUCAGAACUUUUUACCCCUGAAUGCAAGUUCAAGGAGUCAGUCUACGAGAAUUACUAUGUGAUCUACUCAUCGAUGCUGUAUCGGCAGCAGGAAUCCGGCAGGGCUUGGUACCUGGGCUUCAACAAGGAUGGACAAAUCAUGAAAGGAAAUCGUGUGAAGAAAACUAAGCCUGCUUCUCAUUUUCUGCCCAAACCACUGGAAGUCGCCAUGUAUCGUGAGCCGUCGCUGCACGACAUCGGCGAGACAGUCCUGAAGAACACAAUGACUCCGAGUAAAAGCACAUGUACUUCUGCUGUAAUGAACGGGGGCAAACAAGUUAAAAAAAACAAGUCGACAUAGCCCGCCGGGUCUUGGAGAGGACGCAAUUCGUAAACCACUGCUCUGUUGGGCGAUUUAUCCCUGGCAGACUGUCGCCUUCCGAUGUCCGUGAGCAGAUAGAGCCAGCGACCUCUUGCUCGUGGCAGUCUUUGACUAUCUCAUUGCAAGCGGAUAAAUCCCAAUGCGUAGCUCCUCCCGCGACAAGAAACCUGGAUAACUCAGACCAUGGAUGUUGUUCCCAGACACUGGAUGAAUGCCGUGUACCUGUUCCCUGUUAACUGUGACACUCCAUGAGAAUGAUCUAUCUCACAACUACUCUUGGUGCAUUGCCUGCUGACCACAAACAAAAGGGAAUCCAGUCCGGAGGAGGCUUGCUCGCUGUGUGAGAGCUGUCGGCAGCUGGAUGUCAGACCAUUGCUGUAAAUCUCUGCUUGUUCAGGAACAAGCCCACCCCCCCUC